UUUCCUCUUCAUUAAUUAGUCCAAGCUACAAAUCCCUUUCCCCACCUACAUUCCUCAUUCCUUCACUUUCUCUCUCUAUCUAUAUAUUGUUAUAGUUCCUUCUUCCCUAUGCAAAAGUAGAAAAAGAGAUCAUGGAGCUUGGUUUAACCUUAGGAGACUCUUCAAAGCCUCUGAUUGGCUUGAUGGAAAAACAUCCUCAUCAAACUUCUAAAGAACUUGGAUUAGGCUUCACCACCACUUUAUCAAUUGGUCCAAACAUCACUACUCAAAUAGAUCAACUUCAACAUGAAGAACAAAACACAAGAACUGAAAAUUUGCAUCAACUUGAUCUUCUUCCUCAACUCUCCUUCCCAUGGAAUCCUCCUCAAAACGAGUUUGGAGUUUCAUCAAGGAGCUUGGAGGUGAACGUAGUUCCUCCGGUGACCGCCGUGGCUGUGGCAGAAGACGAGGCUGUUCUUUCAUCAUCACCUAACAGUGCAGCAUCUUCUUUUCAGAUGGAUCUCUGUAUAUACAGUCGAGGAGGAAGCGGCGGCGGUGGUGGGAGUUUGAGUGGCUCCGGAGGUAACAAAAGAGAUUUUUCAGACGGUGAAGGUUAUGAUCAAAGAAAUUCUUCAAGAGUUAGCGAUGAAGAUGAUAACAGUGUCCUUGGAAACACAAGAAAGAAACUUAGGCUCUCAAAGGAUCAAUCUGCUUUUCUUGAAGAAAGCUUCAAAGAACACCACACUCUUAAUCCUAAACAAAAACUGGCUCUUGCAAAACAACUCAACCUUCGACCUCGUCAAGUAGAAGUCUGGUUCCAAAACAGAAGAGCAAGGACAAAGUUGAAGCAAACAGAAGUAGAUUGUGAAUAUUUAAAGAGAUGUUGCGAGACACUAACAGAAGAGAAUAGAAGAUUACACAAGGAGCUUCAAGAAUUAAGAGCUUUGAAAACUUCAAAUCCAUUCAACAUGCAAUUACCAGCAACUACUUUAACUAUGUGUCCUUCUUGUGAACGUGUUGCGACGAAUUCUACAGCGACUUCUUCCGUCACUAAUAAUACAAGUGCUGCCACUAUCAAUGCUAGCAACAAAACUAGUGAUGAUUCAACUUCGAAGGUUGAUAUUGGAUUCCCUUUUGGAAAAUCAAAGUUUCAGCCACAGCAACAUCUUGAAUUGAAUUGAUUAUAUAUUUUGAAGCUAUUGGAAAUUGAUUUGGUUUUGUAUAUAGGGAAUUUUGUUUGUUUGGGAGUUGAUAUAGAAUUUCUGAUAAUUGGAUUUUUUGUUUUGUUUUGGAUUGAUUGUGAAAUCAGAAUGGAAUUUUAGACAUGUGAAGAUAGAUAUUCAAAAUGACAAAGGAAAUUAAUGAUAUUGGAGUACUGAUUUUUGUGAA